AAUAGUAUUGGUUGAUAUUCAUUUUUGUGUAAUUUUCAUAUCUCCAAUUGUGCUAAUCAAAAUGUUCUCUCAGCUCUUUAUAUCGCUUUUAUUUUUCUUCUCAUUUGUCAAUUGUCUUGUUAAUUGUCAAGAAUUAAAUGACACAACUAAACCAUCUUGUUUGUGUUCAGAUAAAUUCGGUUAUGUGAGAUUGUCCUGUCGUGAUAGUCUUGAUGAUGUUCCAGAUUUAAAUGAAACAAUUACCGGAAUGGACUUAUUAACUAAUUUCUGUAGUGAUGUUUCAUUUUAUACUCCUCGAAAAUUGGAAAUAUCUUUCGGCAGUGGGUCCGUUCAUUUAUCUGAUCACGUAUUUCAAAAUGUACCAAACCUUUCAUCGGCCAAAAUUGCGUUCACCGAUAUGAAGCAAGUAUCCUGUGGCCUAUUGGCCAACCUCCGUCAAUUAGAAAGCCUUGAACUUUGGUACAAUAAGAUUAACGAUAUUUGUGAACAAGCAUUUCAAGAUUUGGAAUCAGUUGUUUCGAUAACACUUUCAGGUAACCAAUUAGAUGCUAUUCCUGACAGAGUGUUCAGAGGUUUACGAACUCUUUCCAUACUUGACCUCGACUCGAAUCAGAUAAAAUACUUGAGUCCACAAUCAUUUGACGGACUAUCAGGACUUUCAUUCUUAAACCUUGGCCGAAAUUCACUUAACUUUAUCCCCUGUCAAACAUUCACUAAUCUGAAAAAUCUAAAGGAAUUGAAAUUAUCGUCAAACAAAAUCUCAGAAAUUUGUGCCUCCGGUUUUGAAGGUUUAUCUACAAUUGAAUCACUUGAUCUGAACGAUAAUGCUUUAUUUGAUGUUCCCAGUGGUCAAGUGUCAUCACUGACCACCCUGAAAACCCUGGAAUUAGCCUCGAAUCGUUUUGAAAAGAUUGAUAAUAAAGCAUUUGAAAACCUGAUGAAUCUGAGGGAACUUAAUUUAGCCAAUAAUAAGAUCAAAACAAUUGAUUCAGAUGCUUUCCAAGAUCUAAUUAGAUUGGAGAAAUUAGAUUUAGCCGAUAAUGCAAUCCAGGUAAUACAAUCAACAACCUACAAGAGGCUACAGAGUGUCCGUUCACUGUCCUUCAAAUCAAAUAAGGUUGAGUACAUUGAGCCCAAUGCAUUUGAUAAAUUAACUAAACUGGAAGAACUGGAUUUAAGUCACAACAAUUUAACUACGGUAACUGGGGAAACAUUUACUGGUUUAUAUCUUUUACGAUCAGUUACAUUGGAAGGUAAUAAAAUUAAUCGAAUCACGGGAGAAGCUUUUGUUGGACUUCAUUCGGUUCGAAACUUAAAUUUGGCCCACAAUCAGUUGUCGUCAAUUCCUCGAGGUGUAUUCAAGGGUCUUCGUGAUCUAAACGACCUACAGGUAAACAAUAAUCGAAUCAAAUUGAUUGAAGGUGGAGCAUUUGAAGAAUUGUCUUCACUUAAUCAACUUGGUCUUCAUCAUAAUGAGAUACUUGAUUUAGAUGAGACAACAUUUGAAGGAUUAACUAAUUUACAUUCUCUUAAUCUAAGAGGUAAUUCACUUCAUUCACUCAAAUCAUCGGCACUUCGUAAUCUAUUUAAUCUACAAAAGCUUGACAUCUCCUCGAACUUGAUUAAUGUUCUAAUGGAAAAAUCAUUCGUUGGUAAUCCUAAUCUUCUUGAUCUUGAUCUGUCACAAAAUUAUCUCUACUCUCUGUCCAAACAAUCAUUCACUGGACUUAAUUACUUGGAAUCAUUGAACCUUUAUCGAAACAAAUUGUCUCUCAUAUCGAAAGAUAUGUUCACAGAGUUACCACAAUUAAAGUUUCUCCAUCUUCACAAUAACGAUAUCAAACAAAUUCAGGACAACAGUUUUGCUAAACUUCCUAAUCUGGAAAAUCUUAACCUCCAAAUGAAUUCAUUGUCCUACCUAACGGGUGGCACUUUUUACAUCAAAAUCUACACCAAACAAACACCAGUAACAAUCAAUUUGAAACUUAAUCACAUUCGAUCGGAAAACAUUGCCUCUGAUGGUUUUGCUAAGCCCAAUUCAAGGAAAUUGGUCCUCGAAUUACAGAAAAAUUUCCUCACUUAUGUUCCCGAAAAGCCGUUCAAAGAUUUCCUAUUAGCUAACAAUACACUUAAGAUCACUGAUUUCACGUUCUCUUAUCAGAAUCCAAUUAAUUGUCGAAGUCCACUUAAUCAAUGGUGGAUCACGUCCAGACGAUUGUAUCCCGAUCAAUUUGAAUACUUUGGGUGUAAAAUGAAAUUCUUUUCGCGGUUAAACUGUUCCCAAUCUCUUUUUACCGGAGGAAAAAGAGGGCGCGUUGAUCGCUAUUCAUUUUCACGCGUUGGCGUUUUGAUUGUGAAUAGAAAUGAAUCUUUAAUUGUUUCCUUAAUUCAGUUAAUUUUUUUACAGGUUUUUUGGUCUAAUAGUUACACUACAAUCAUGGGUAUUUCAAGGGAUCAUUGGCAUAAGCGACGUGCUACCGGUGGUAGACGAGCUCCAAUUCGGAAAAAGAGGAAGUUUGAGCUCGGAAGACCGGCAGCUAUGACCAAGAUUGGUGCUAAGCGUAUCCAUUUAGUAAGAGCUAGAGGAGGUUCUUUCAAAUAUCGGGCUCUUAGAUUAGAUCAUGGUAACUUUGCUUGGGCUUCAGAAAGGACUACACGUAAAACUCGUGUAAUUGAUGUAGUUUAUAAUGCCAGUAACAAUGAAUUGGUUCGAACCAAGACAUUGGUAAAGAAUUGUAUUGUUCUUAUUGAUGCUACACCUUUUCGUCUAUGGUAUGAACAACAUUAUGCUGUUCCAUUAGCAAAGAAAAAAUCACCAAAAGCUUUGGCUGAAGCCACUGAUGCUUUGAAAAAGGACAAAAGUAAACGUGUCCUGAGGAAAUAUAAAUUAAGACAAAAGUUAUCUAAAAUUGACCCUGCAUUGGAAGAUCAGUUCCAAACUGGACGUUUAUUAGCUUGUUUAUCAUCAAGACCAGGUCAAGUUGGAAGAUGUGACGGGUAUAUUCUGGAAGGAAAAGAACUUGAAUUUUACCUCAGAAAAAUCAAAGCAAAAAAGGGAAAGUAAACUAAAAGUGUAAAACUUUUCUCAUGCAAAUAAAUUAAUUCUUGUACUCAUAUA